AGUGAUUAUGUGUAGUCAGUGGGGUGUGUACUUAUCUCUAAGCUUUAAUUAGAAAGAGUUGGGUUCAAAGUCUGUCAGUGCUGAUAGCAACUUUACAUCAAAUGUGUCUCUGGUCAGUGCCUGCAGUUCCAGUGUAAUGAAGCACAUUGCUCCAAGAGAAGACACUUCAGUCAGCGUGAGCUUGCAUUUCCAAGCAGUGAGAGGUGGCAGGGGUUUUAAGUCAUGAUUAUUUGGCUGUCAAAAUGCUACAGAAACUGGUGUCUUCCUCUUUCACCCAGCAACAAGUUCUUUGCAACUACAGGAAUUUCUCCUGUGUAAAUAGUGAACUGCUUGUGAGAGGUGUUUUUUUUUUUUUUUAAACAGUUUCCUUAGUUUUCUUGAUAUUCUUAAAAAUGCACUGUAACUAUCAUUGUAAAUUUCUGUCCAGAAGUGAAUCUUUAGAAUGAGUCUGUCUUAGAAUUUUAGGAUAACAUAAAUGCUUCUAUAUGUGAGAUUAAAAUUUGGCUACCCAACUUGGAUGUGAAAUACAUCACGUUAAUUUAAAAGAUCACUGUUAGGUAUAACUAACACUGUCAACACUGUUUUAACUGUUGAGUCAUAUAAAUUCAAGAGAAAUGUUUUUUUGUUUCCCCUAGAAAUUGUCUAGACAAAGAGAAGGAAUGUAACUGUUAUCAUCUGAGCCUAGUAACUUACAGGAGAAUACUGGGAACGUCCUGGACAGAUAGAAAUACGAAUUAGUAUUUAGUUAUAGUCACUGCUAAAUAGCUUGUUAGCUGAAGUUUGUAUCUUUCUUAGUAUUGACUGGAAUUGGGAAUAAAUGUGACAAUCAUAGUUGUGAAGCAUAACUUGGGGGUUUUAUGCAUCUCUCUCUCCCUCUAUAUACAAAUGGAAAUUUUUUUGCAACUUUUGCUGAAAAGAAUGGUGAACUUAUCAUUUGAGUCAAUUUGUAUUUGACAUCUAGGGGGAAAAUAGCAAUGCAAUACUUGCUGCACUUGCUCCUCCUCUUUUUAUAGCUGCUGCUGCCUAUUAGAAGGUGGAUCUAAUUAGUGAUCCACUUAGUGUGAGUUCCUACUGGCACUCACCUAGUCUUCUGUGAGGUGGAAGAAUAUUUUCUCCUUCAACGUUGGUAGAAUAAGAAACCUCAAAUUACAAAACAUCUGUCUUUAGAACUACUUUGUAUAUGUGAAUAAAGGAACAUGGCACAACAUAACAAGAAUAUUAACCAAAAUGAAGAGUUGCUUGCAGCCUUCUCAUGGCGAGUUUUAGGCACAGAUAAUGUGGAGCAGAAAACCUACAGUGACACUGACGUGGUCAAACAUCUGCUAGCUGAGAAGGACCGGGACCUGGAACUGGCAGCUCGAAUUGGACAAGCCCUGCUUAAGCGAAACCAGCUGUUGACAGAACAGAAUGAAGCACUAGAAGAACAGUUAGGACAAACUCUAGAUCAAGUUAACCAGCUGCAGCAUGAACUAUCGAAGAAGGAUGACCUACUUCGUAUUGUUUCAAUUGCUUCUGAGGAAAGUGAAACAGAUUCCAGCUGUUCUACACCACUUCGUUUCAAUGAGUCUUUCAGUGUAUCACAAGGUCUUUUGCAGCUGGAUAUCUUGCAAGAUAAACUCAGGGAGCUGGAAGAGGAGAACCUUGCUCUCCGAUCGAAGGCUUGCCAUCUGAAGACAGAAACCAUUACGUAUGAAGAGAAGGAACAGCAGCUAGUCAGUGACUGUGUCAAAGAGCUCCGGCAAACAAAUGCUCAAAUUUCCAGAAUAACAGAGGAGUUGUCAGAGAAGAGUGAGGAGCUGGUUCGCUACCAGGAAGAGAUCUCAUCCCUUCUGUCUCAGAUUGUUGAUCUUCAGCAUAAACUCAAAGAACAUGUGAUUGAAAAGGAAGAGCUGAAACUUCACUUACAAGCUUCCAAAGAUGCUCAGAGACAACUGACAGCAGAGCUACAUGAGCUGCAAGAUCGGAAUGCAGAGUGUCUAGGGAUAUUGCAUGAAUCACAAGAAGAAGUGAAGUUGCUGCGCAGCAGAGCCCGCUCUGUUGCUUGUCUCUGCCAUCCCCAGUCAUGUGGAGCAUUUCCUGUGGAUUCCCUUGCAGCAGAAAUUGAAGGGACAAUGCGGAAGGAAUUGAGUCAGGGUGAUGAAUCUCUUCUAUCCAAGCAGAAGGGUCAACAUAAACGAGUAUUCGACACUGUCAAGGUUGCUAAUGUCACUCGUGGACACUCGUCUUCCUUUUCUGUCCCAUUACCAAUUCCUGGUUCUAAUAGGUCAAGUGUUGUUAUGACAGCAAAGCCUUUUCAGUCUGGCUUACAUUCGGAGUGCCACACACAGAUGACCCAGAGGAGCAGCUCUGAGAAGAAUUUGAAGAGCACGCAUAAGUGUGGCCAGCCAGGAACCCCUGGAGACAAUGACUUAGUCACAGCUCUGCACAGGCUCUCCCUCCGUCAUCAGAACUACCUGAGUGAGAAGCAGUUCUUUGAGGAGGAAUGGGAGCGAAAAAUGCAUUUGCUGGCUGAGCAGAAAGAAGGGGCAAGUGGUAGUAAUACACCAACAGAAAGCUGUUUUUCCUUGGGUACAAACUCAGAAUUCACUGAUUUCUCUGCCAGCUCUAGUAACCUCCGUGUCCUCCUACCAGAAAAAUUGCAAAUUGUCAAGCCCAUUGAAGGAUCUCAGACCCUGUUUCACUGGCAGCAGCUUGCUCGACCCAACCUAGGCACCAUUCUGGACCCAAGACCAGGUGUUGUUACAAAAGGUUUUACCCCUCUGACUGAUGAUAGUGUGCACCACAUCUCUGACUUGGAGGAGGAUGAUGAGGAAGAAGGUGAAGGAGGUAUAACAUUUCAAGUGCAACCAUCCUUUCUGGAGAAAAAGAAGUGUGCAGUGUCAAAGCAAGAGUCAGGGAUUUUCCUGUCACCUAUUACUUCAGCAGCAGUACCACUCACUGCCUCAAAUCCUGGAAAAUGUCUAUCUUCAACAAAUUCCACAUUUACCUUUACUACAUGUAGAAUCCUUCAUCCAUCUGAUAUCACCCAAGUUACUCCCAGCUCCACGUGUGCCCCAUUUUCACUUGGAAAUAGUGGCAGCAGCACUGGAAAUCCAGUAGUGAGCACUCCAGCCAUGUCUUACAGGCUUAAUAUUGGAGAAUUUCUCACCAACAGAGGAGAUUCAACUACUACCCUCAGCAGCACCAGCAGUCUGGCACAGCUUUUGCAAGAACGAGGCAUCUCUGCCAAGGUUUAUGAUAGCCCCCUAUUAGAAAAACUGCCUUUGCUACAGCCCCCUCAAACAGUCCCUUUUCCUUCUACUCCACCCAAUUCUCCCUCACAUUCACCUUGUCCUUCCCCUUUACCAUUUGAGCCUCGAGUGCAUCACUCAGAAAAUUUCCUGGCUUCCCGACCAGCAGAAACAUUCUUGCAGGAAAUGUAUGGCCUAAAGCCCUCCCGCAACGCUCCAGACAUAGGCCAGCUGAAGAUGAACCUAGUGGACAGGCUGAAGAGGCUGGGUAUUGCCAGGGUGGUUAAGCCCCCUGAGACAGAGGACCACAGGAAGAAUCAGGGGCCAGAGGUUAGCUUGCGGAGGCAGGACUCAGCUGUGUUUUUAAAUGCUGGUAGCAACUUAAUGGCAGGACUGAGAAGAAACCAGAGUCUUCCAGCCAUGAUUGGAGCACUGGGAGCUCCAAUCUGCACACAGUCGUCAAAAAUGGAUAUCCUAAAGGAGGACUGACUGGUAUGGACUUCUAGCAUAGUAAAUAAUACUUGAGGGAUAAACAUCCAGUAUGGGCAUGGUUAGGUGCGUUAUAGAAGAGUUGAAGAAGGCAUGUGCAUGUUAAAAGAUGGGGGAGAGAGAAGUGUUGGGAUCAAGGAGAAGAGAACAAUGCUUAGGUUUGAGGAAGAAGGCUUUGGUGGAAGAUAAGAAAAGAAAGAAGCCAAAGCUUAGUUUUGUGAUCCCUUCAGCAUCUGUCUUAGCUUAAAUAAAAGACCAUUGUAGACAUUCUCAGUAUUUCAACCUUUUAAACUGUAUUUGUAAAACCAUCUUACGGGUGCUGUUCUAUUUUUUCUGCCAUAUGACCAUAGGAUUUUACUAUUUGUUAGCAGUCAGACCAUAUCAUUUAAAUACAAUAUUAAAAUAAUGAUCAGUCUGACCAGCAUCAUUGGUCCAAGUUCUUCUCUAUAGCAAACAAAUGCAAAAACUUGGGACAUUUUUGAUUCUUGUAUUUUCUAGUUCAGAAACCAUACUCUUUUGAACUCCCCACAUUGAGAAUCAGGUGAGAGAACCUUUAAUUCUAUGUAAGAAAAUAGUACUUAUAUUUAUGAACACCAAAAUAUGUGGUCAGCAUUUGUCUUUUAAGAGUGCAAUUGUGCUAGUGAGGUAUUAACAGAAGUUAAUUUCUUUCCAGAGCUUCUGAAGCAUACAGUGGGAGGUGCAAUGAAUAAGAAUUACGAAGCAGAAAAGUAUAUAUUAGGUGAAAAUUUCAAGCUAAGAAAUCUUUCCGAAGUGUCCCGUGCAUCUUUUUAAAUGAGGGUAUUUUUGCACAUACAAAAAAAUCUCAGGCAUAUUUUUAUUUCCUUUUGCAACACUGAAACUAGGUGCUCAAUUCAAUUAUUUCAAUUCUAUUUGAAAUACGCAGAGAGCAUUUACUUAAAUGCUUGAAAAUUCAGUAAUCUGACUCUUCUCUUGACAGGUAGACAUUCUAUACAUUUUAGAGUUUUGCAGUAAACAUCAUGCCUUUCAUUCAGGUAUUUCUGAUUUUAGGCAGGAUUUUGUUUAAAAGAUUUCCUUCAGAGCAAAAUUUACCAUUCUAUAUUCAGAAACAAGAGGUGAAAGCUAGUGUUCUUUGUAGCAUUUUAUGAACACAGAUCAAUUUUAUCUGUUGGAAUCCCGUGUUCCAAUGAUGGAGAGUGGUUCUGAAUCUGCUUUUGAACAGAACUAAGGCAGGCUUUCUGUCCCAAAAGAAAAAUCAUUUGGAGAAAUCUGAUUUCUGAGUGGUAUUCAGUGAAGUGUUAUUGUCCAUGCUGCUUUUUGGUUUCCUUUCUGUUCAAGCUUUUAGUUAUAACUGAAUAAUCUACAAUAGAUUUGUAAGGUAACUUAAAGAAGAAAAAGUAUUUGCCCCAAGUUCUUUAGAGGAAUAGGCUAGUGACCAGAGUGGAAAGGGAUUCUUAAUCUGUAUGUGAUUUUUCACUGUACAUAUUUAAAUGAUUUUAAAGUUUGUUUUCAUACAAUUAGAUAAAACAGUCAACAUUUACCUUGGCUGUUGCAGUGUAUGUGGAACAUAAUGGCUGGUAUCUUUUUGGGUGCAUGGUGUGAAGCAUUGGUAUAAUUACACUGAUUUGCAUUUGGCAUAUGGCACAUCAAAAUAAUCAGCACUGUUUUUGCUUCAGGGUUGAGUGGAAUAGGGUAGGAAAACAAAGCUUCUUAAACUGAUUUAUAUGUGGCCCUUCUGCUUGUACAUCCCUAUAGAUCUUAUGAUGACUCUUUGAUAUAGCAGUCUUUUUUUUUUUUUUUUUUUUUUUUUUUUUUUUUUUGUAAAAUUAAAACGAGUAACCACCUCAAACUUGCACAGGGAUUCUCAACAGAAACUUGUCUGUCAGCAGCGCACAGAAAUAUUCAGGAAUUCCUGGAGUUGCCUUUUGCUAUCUAAGCAAAAACUUAAACUUAUAAAAGGUGAAUUUUAUUUAAAAUACUAUAUAUGGGUUAAUAUUUUUUUAAUGAAAAAUAUUUACUUCUUUUGUGUAAGUAUUUGUUUGUACUUCCUUAACUGUGCACAGGGUCUUACCUAGCUAAAUAAGGCAAGAAUGAAAGGGCUGGGAGGAGGUAAUGUUGCUCUCCAGUGAACUAAGGAAUGAGUUGACAAAAGGUUAGACAGUUUUGGUAUAAACAGAGAAGUAUAUAAUGUGUCAAAAGCAUGUCCAUUUUAUGUACAUUUAUUAUAGGAAUACAUGUAAGUAAGUGACAGACAAUUUCUAAAGGUAUAUCACUGUGUUUCUAACUAGCUUCAUUAGUUAACUCCAGCCAUUUGAUCACUGUGUGUUAUCAACAUAAACAGCAAAUCAAUUAAGUCAGAAUUCCUUUGGCAGACCAGGUUUCCAUUAAAAUUGAUAUAACAGCACAUUAAUUAAAUGCAUGUUACUCUUUGGGACACUUCCGUAUUCCAUAGCCUAGCAAUAUAAACUGGUUCAGUUCAAACUGUAUUAUGGAUAUGUCGCAAGGUUGUUUGUUUGUCUGUUUUCUGUAGGAUAAUGUAUUCUCGGAUACUUUACACAAGGCAGGAAGAUGAUGAAAGAAUUUGUAUACUGUUGCGUUUAUCCAGUUUUUGAUGCUGUGGCACAGUGCUAUUGAAAUUCUGUUGUGCAUUUUGUAUGCAUGUGUCUGGCUUGCAGCAACAGGGAAAGAUUUACCACUUCUUCCAAGUUUACUGCUUUUUGCCAAAACAUAGAAGACAAACUUUUUUUGAAUAACGUACAUGUUUCUGACAAUAUAUUAAAGUUGCCAUCGUUCUAGGAACUGAUUUGACUUGUUGCCUCUUACAAGAGAUGAAAUGAACUCGCGUGACUAAGAUGACUGAGCUCCUGCAUAAGAUCAUUUUGUCCUGUGCAAAUGUGAUUUGGUUGAGUGAAUUAAUGGAGAAUUGAUGGAGAAAUGCACUUGGCAAAGGUUCUGUUACCUUGCAGGUUUGAGACAAAAAUAGGCGUUACAAAGAAAGGAAUUACCCAUGUUUGUGAAAGUUUCAAGACAGUGGGAGAGAAAUUCUUGUAGUUUUUACCUUUACUCAGAUUGGCUUAAACCAAGUACAAUUGUAUAGCUUUCUAGUUUUAGAGACAUACAGCUCAAGUUUCACUGUGUUUGAUAAACUUGGAGGUAACUGCACACUUGAAAUACCUGUGGUUGAUGAAGCCAAAAGUCUACUUUAAGUUAAAGAGCAGCAGAGAGGGAAGGAGAAUGUUAGGUUUGAGCCUCCUUUGACUGUUACACGAGAGGAUUACACACAAUGUUUUCGAAUGGUCUGGGAACUUUUGUUGUUGUUGUUUUGUUUUUGUUUUAUUUUCAUCAGCUUUUUGCACUUACUGUUGUUUCAUAGUGGAAUGUAAAUUUCAUAAUAAACAUGUAUAACGUCAUUUUUCAAUAUGUUGGUCAUCGUGUGUGGUUUAUUCCAGGUAUCGUCUCCUAUACUGCAACGUUCUUUAACAAAACUAAAAUUAGACCUUUUUAAAAAUCAGCUGGAAUUUAGUGACUGGUGCACAAGCUUGGUGAGCUGGUAUCUGCACAGCACUGUCUGUAAAAGCUAUCUGACAAAUGGAUUCAAAAAUUUUAUCAGGCUGUGCUAGGCUGUUUGCUGUUGUGUUUAUACCUAAGCAAUUAAAGGUAGUAUAGAUGUGCAAUACAACCUGCAGUUAGACUUUGAUUGCAAUGUAAAAGUGUGAUAGUUAAAUCUAGAAAAAAAAGAAAAAACACACUUAAAGAGUACCUUCUGCUGCAUUUUGAAAAGCAUUUUACUUAAUGAAAAACUUCACAGAAAUUCAUGAAUCGCUCAUCAAUUUCUAGACAGAAUGUGAGCCUCAAUUUAAAUGAAUGUCCUCGUGUUUUCUGUUACUCUUGUAGUUGUUUUUCUCUCCUGUCAUUUUACAGCACAUAAUAUGUUCUAGCAUUAUGGUGUCAACUAGCAAAAAAUAGAAAAGAGAUUGGACUUCUUUGCUAGACUUAAGUAUCCAUUAGGUUGGGGAGGGGUUCUGCAUUUAUGGUCUCCUGUUUGGAAGUGUAUAUUCUUCCCUUGUUUUCUUCAGGCCUUCAAGGGAGGAUUGGGUCUUUUCACAGAGAAGUGUGUGAUCAAUGCUGUUGUUUUUCUGUCUUAGUAGCUGAUGUUAUGUCAGCCCUUCUCUAUAUUUGUCAUGAAAUGGGAGGAGAGAUUGAAACCAAGCUACUUACCCUUGAGGAAUACUGCCUUUGUGCAGGUAUCACUGAAGUUCCCUUUGCGCAUUGGUGCCAAAUUUUUGUCUGUCAUGUCAGCCUCCAGUUGUGCAUACUUCCAGUGCACACUUCUGCAGUUGCUUUUCUGGCUGAAAGGCUCUUAUCAUUUUCCCAAAAAUACUUGGUUCCUUCCAUGGUACAGAAUGGAAGCAGCAUUGAUUUGCAACUAACGGGUUCUUACUCUGGUUCACCUAACUUAAUUACUGGCAGUGGUUCCUCUAGUAGUCUGUGUGUCGAACAUUUCAAGGAACCGGGAACCACCACUAUCCUACAGUAUAUAUCCUGUAUUUAUUUAGCUUUCUUUCUUUUCUAACAUGAGACUUGCACACUUGUCAAACUGAAGCUGACUUUUCAGCUCAACAUUUCAUAUGCUGAAGCCUGAGUUGGAUGUCUUGAGGGUUGAACUGGUCAUGAUGCAGUCUCUGAUAGCUGCACAUCCUUAUAAUAGGCCACCAUAACAAACCUGGGACACUUUCUGUGCUGUGCUGUGUUACACCAUUUGCUAGACAGAUAAAAGUUCCUAUUAUUGUCAUACAUGUCAUACAUACAUAACAUGGUGAUGUUAACAAAGCAUACAUAUAUAAACACUGAUUUGAUGAUGUUUAUGUAUUUUAGUCAUUCUCUCCUUAAGGUUUGGGCUUCCUAGCUUCUCAGCUGCUGACAUAACGUGUCUCUGUAUCCUUCAGAAAGCCCAGUAAAACAUUGCACGUACUCUUUAAAGUUCUUCUCCAGUUUUCAGGGGGAUGAGGGAUUCCACUGCCACUGGAGAGAAAGGUGAGUUUGGGGGAAGAAGGCCCUGAAAAGUAGCCACUCUUUUCUGUUGAUUUCAUCUGUCCUGAAACACCUGAGCCCAAUGGCUCAGCCAGCUGAGCCCAGCCAGCUUUGUUCUAAGCGGGUACACUCUCAGGUUUAAGAGUCUGUGUUGUUUUUUUUUUGUUUUGUUUUGUUUUACUUAUUCUCUAGCACUUUAGAUGUAAAAAGGGGAAAGGUCUGAUGCUGUUGGGCUUCUGGGAAGUGAGUUAAAUUGAAGCCAUUAGAGUUCAGUUACAAAAGUUCUUUGAUUCAGCAGGGCAGGAUUUAGUGAGGACCCUGUAGGACUCUUGCUGGGAGUUACCCUCACUCUUUCUGGUAUUACAUUAAUAGUUGGCAGGACAGACUUUUCUUCUGCUUACUCAGCACCUGUAGAUCUUGCUUAUCUCUUAAUGCAUGUUUAGUAGCUCUUGUGGGGUGAGAGCUGGGGAGAACUGAGUAGGCUUUACUGCUUUUAUUAAGUUGAAUCGCCAUUUUAGUGUUGUUUUUUUUUUUUAAAUCAGUUGACGCUCAUGUUCAAAGAAGGGUAUUAAAAUAUGUGAGAUCAUUUUCACUUUUAUUUGGUGUAUAUAUAAAGUCGAUCUGUACUCUCAAUUCGUUAUCUGUAUUGAUAUAAGUAGCUAAUUCUUAGGACUGCUGAAAGUAGGCAUCUGCCUGCAGAACCUGUAAAACACUCGAUACAUUCAUACCUACCAUUACCUAUGUGACCAAACUGGAUAUAUUGCAAGUUGUUUACAGAAAAGACUAGUCUCUAGUACUUGUGCACAAGCCCAAAACAUCAUAUUAGAUCCAUUCCUCUAUGAACAAAUUUUGAAGAAAUAUUACUGGACACACAGCAGUUGCUGCUCAAACAAGAUUUACAGAUGUGUAUGCAAUAACUGACUUUUGACCUUCAGUAAUGUACCUGCUGUGACAACAUGAGGCUUUCUAAGAAAAUGGAGGAAGGUGCACUAAAUAAAUAACAACAGAUCUAAUACUGAAUCCUCCUCACUUCUCUUUCAGUAUUUUUAACAGCAUUCCUAGUAGGUAGUCAUGACUCAGACUCCCUCUGUGUACAGUGUUUACCAGAAUCCUUGCAACAAAAGUGGUAAGAGAUGUAGUAAAUCUCUGCUAGACUUGGGCAAGGUAAGCAAGAAACGUGAGUAGGAGUAACGAGGACUUUAAGUUCUUAACAUCUGCUGUUCUCAAAAUGCUCUCUCUCUCAGCUCUGUUCAGUUUGGGAUUUGAGUUUUUUUUUCUAUAUGGUAGCAUUAUAAUUCAACAAAUAAUGAUAUGCCUACGUGUUAAGAUUCUUGUAGACAUUUUAAAUAGUUGCAUAUCAUAGAGUAUACAUGCUGAUGUGAAGUAUUGUAUAUAAAAAAUGUAAAAAAGUUAGGCUAAUACCUUUUACCUCAUGAUUGGGGCAUGCUAAGAGAGCACUAACAGAUUAUCUUAGCAGCUCCAUGAUGGACAGUAAUUUAUGCCUUUUUAACAUCAUUGCAUAGGAUCAACUAUCUGAGUCCAUAUUAAUGUGUACAGGUUAUAAUAGAUGAAAGAACCUACAUAAUUUUAAACAAAAACAAUUAAAAGAUUUGUCAGUGUAAAGCUGGGAAACAGUACAUGGUGUUUUUGUUGUUGUUGUUUUUCCUGUGAAUUGUGGUUUAUCUAUAGCAUAAAUAAUUCUAACUAUUUCUUAUUUUAAAAUCAGGUCCCGUUUACUAAGGACCGUAGAAAGCCAAAAUAACUUUCUGCUUUAUGCAAAACCUUCCAGGAUGUCCAAGUUAGUAUCUGCUUAAAAGAGGAGAGAUCUCAAUAUAAAAGAUUAAAUGCUUUCCCACAUGGAAAAAAGGUGAAGUUUAUACCCUGCCCCCAACCCCUAAAAAUAUAAUUCCCUAAAAGCUUUGGCUGCCCAUAGUAACUGGAACCUUGCUUUAACUAGAGGUUGUGGUCUUGUGGAAGUGCCGCAGCUCUUCAACCUAGGGCACUUGCCUCAAUACCCAGUAAGAGUUGUAACCCCUUUGAAGCUGCAGAAAAAGAGCUAGAACUAAACAGAAAGCUCAGGUGUGUCUCAGUAAUGUGCAGUAAGGGCAGCACAAGGCUGGCCAGCUCCGGCCUCCGAGGUGGCUCCCGCUAACUGGUUAAGACCCCUCUUAAAGCCCUUUCUUUCAUAUUGAUGUCUUAGAAAAUACCAAACAAAAAUAUGCCUUUGUCAAACUUUCUUUACACUAUAGUUUAAUAUAACAAAUUCAUACAGCCCUUCUCGAACUGUAUUAUUUUAAUAUUGGUCUUAUAUCUGACUUAAAAAAACAUAACAGUAAUUUUCUUUUUCUGUAUGAUAUUUAUGACCUCCUUGUAUUAACAUUUCAGCUGUCGAUGUUUAUCCAAGUUUUAGACAGCCAGCAAGAGUUAACUCUGUCACUGCUUCUGUCCAUAUUGUUGGGUAUCCAUAUUAUAGGGAAGGAUUCUGAAAAGGAAUCCAAAUUCUUCUGACAAGAUCCUUCCCCCCCCCCCCCUCCCCCCUGAGAUAUUAGCGUAUUGUCUUUCUUUUUACUCAUCCAGAAUUAUAUCUGAAAGAACUAGUUCUGGCAUUUGUAUGUAAUAAACAAAUAUGUAAAGAGAAAAAGAGAGCAAAAUACAGGUUUCUGUUAUAGACUCUUUGAAACGUAAGCAGCCAACCAUGAGUCCCCUAAAUGACCACAGUAGUGUGCUAGGCACACUGUAGCACUGAAGAUUUGCAUGCCCUUCUAUGGCUGAACGAUCAGCCCCCUCCCCUCCUAACCUCAAAAGUUUAUGUCCUUGUUUCCUAAUGAUCAUAGUUGAGGCAUUCAGCCAGUGACCAGAAAAACAGUGCUGACACUACUGAUGUUGUACUAGAGCUGGUCUGAUCAGCAAAAUGCAAUGCUUUCCUCAUUCCACUCGAAUUUCUUGACGUUCUAGUUAUUUUGGAGUUUUGCCUUUUUACCUUGUCUUAAUGUUGACAGUCUUUUGAAGCUGUAAGGUGUUAAAUGAUCUUUGCUUAGUUCCUGCUCACUGCUGGCCCAAAACUCCACAUUUAAUUACUAAAAUAACAAAGUAUACCCCUAGUACCUUGCAAAGCUCCUCCGUUAUAGCUGAUCACACCAACCCUGCAGCACAGGAGGGUUUUGUUUUAGCAAUACAGUUGUGGUUCUGAUGACUGAAACAUUUAAGGAUGCUAAGUAACUUUUGACUGCAGCUCUGAACCCUUUUCAUUUGCAGAGGUAUGCUCCCAUCCGGGAGGCUGUUGGAAGCAAAGCAGGAAGCACCCUCAUGUGAGUACAAGGGCAUGAAGGAAAAAAUGCUCCAGAAGGAAAAAAUACUCUUACCAGAAGAGAUGUCAGAUUUCCUGCUUCUGAUCACUAUCCAAACCUACUGCAGCUUUGAGGAUCCCAACUUCCUAUUCUUUGUAUAAUGUACUGAACGGGUUAUUUCUGGAACUAAAACCUGUGGUUUUUUUUCUGAGGCCUGGUGUGGACCUAAAGCUGAAAGCUGUUUUUAAUCAGGCAAUCAUACAGGAGGUGGGACCUACGUUAAAUAAUUGAACUGCAGCCUUUGAUUUUACCUUCUUCUCUUGUGAACAGGAUAUGCUCUUACUGCCUAGUUAAAAUGGAUAGUGUCCUCUUGAUGCAAACUGUUAACCUGUUUCAAGCUUCCACUUUAAAAAAAUUCAAGCGUUACUCCUCCAGGACCUAUUGAGACUUGAUGAUUGGCUUUAUAGAGCAUUACAGGACACAGGCAUCCCUGUGUCUCUUCUAUUACUUUCUGAGCUCCCAAAGUCCUGUCCCAGACAAAACCAGUCUUUGUUCAAAUGUGCCUUAUUUCUCUGGAAGUAGGCUCUUUUGUGGUUUGUGUUUGUUUGUUUGUUUUACUUUAGAGCCACCUGCCUUAAGUUUUAAUGUCCUGAAUGCUCACGUUCCUUUUUGUGCUUGUGUGAGUUGUGCAUAGUGCAUCAGGAAUCCAUACCAGGGGUGGAAAACAGUCAACAUCUUUGCAUCCUGGCUGCUAAGUUCACAGAAUUCAGUAUUAUUAUGAAAAAUCCUCUGCAGUUCCAGAUUGAGUCAUUAAAUUAAUAAUGUUAUGUUGAUUUCCUUCUGGCUUAUCAAACUGGAUGUAAGUUAUGUUAACGUGAGAGUGGUUGUUGAUAAGGGUUAUGCUGUUUCAGGGAAUUUUCUCAUUUAAAGAAAAUGGGGUGCUCAGCAUCAGCCCCACAGGCAGGGCUGUUGCCCUCUGUCUCCUGGUGCUAACAGUGUUACAAUUUGCUUUAGUAACACAGGCUGAAAGAUCUGUCAGUUCUCAUUGAUUAUAGGCUAUCAUCAAGGCUCACUUGCAGCAAUGAACUCCCUGCCUGGAGGAUGUAUGCAUAAAAGUCUGCACAUGUGGGUUAUGGCUCCAGCUGCAGCUCCAAUUGGCAAUAUAUAGAUUGAUAUACAGAUUGCAUCAGUACCCUAUUUUGUUUCUCAGUUGAGUGACAUCUUGUGGUAACUCUAAGCUCUUGAUCUGUUCUGCAUUAUUUAGGAGUGUGCCAUAGUCUUAGCUGGAUCAUGGAAGGUGAUUGCUAGCCAACUUGUGCUGUUGGACUUGUGGCUUAUUCAUCACUUGGGUCAGUGACAAAUUGUUUUUGUUCAAGAACUGCCACUCUCAAAAUUCAUCUCUUGGCUGUCAGUAAGGGCUGAUGUUUGGACACCCAGUCACUCAGCAGUUUGACACCUGCUUUUGCUUUUUGCUUCAUGAUUGACAACUUUUGUCAGUUUUACUUCUCUCGUGCUUCACAAUUGUUCUAUGUACUGAUAUAGUAGAAGAAUACAGUUUAAUUGGUGUCUGAGGGAGAAGUGUUUCUGAUUCAUCGCCCCAAACUGACAUGCCACCAUACAAUCAAUAUAUCCCAUCUCACAUCCUUCCGUAGAAAACAUGAAGGAGAAGCAGGCAAAUCUACCAAGCAACUAUUUCCAUGGCUUAGGAAUUCAUCAUGUAAUAGGCUGAAUCUUGUACAAAAUACUUCAUUUUGCUGAGAUACAUGCUGGUCUUGUCUUGGGGCCUGCUAUUAUGGCAUAGAAAUCUUUUUAAUGUCACAUGGGUGCAACUGACUAAUUCCUGAGAAGGAUCGUAGGUUGGUUUAUGUUGGUUUCUUUGGUUGGUUUUGAGGGCUUAGAUGUGAUUAAAGGUUUAAAUUCACCUUAAGGGCUAAAUGUUGUGUUUCCGUAUCCACAUCCCCAUUGUUAGAGUAAAUAUUAUUAUCCAGAAUCAGGAACAAAAAUUAUGAAUUAUGAGUAUUUCCUCUCUGGGUUCCCCAGGCUGCUGUAAAGGCUUUGGAAAUUGCGUCUGGCUACCACCUCCUACAGGAUAAAGAGCAUCUCCCUGUAAUCUUCCUGAAGGGUGUCUCAUUGUUCUGUGGUAGCUCUGUACUGCUAGCUGCUCUUGGAAACAAAUUCACUGAAAUUUUGGGACGAAAUCAUAUUUCAUACCUGCAUUUCAUUCAGACGUUUCCUCCAAGGUUUGAAAAGUUGGUGCUGGAGGAGUGACUGAUCUGUACAUCCUGCCCUAGUCUGACUGUUGUGGGGCACCACUUGCUAGUGCUUCCCCCUAGCUGGUGCUCCAGGAGGGAGGGGGUUGUGCACGCUCGGCAAUUGUUUCCUUCCCCACUGUUCAAAAGAGGUAUUAAAGCUGUGUUCUCUCACUAGAGACACUGCAAGGACGACAAAUGCAGCAGUACUGAUUCAUCUUUUUUCCUCCCAGUCACAAAUGCUAUUCUAAGGACACUGCCAAGGCACUACAAAUUAGUCUUCUGUUACCUUCACAACUGGUUCUCUUAUUUAUUUCUGGCAAGAGUAUUUUCUCUCCCUUUUCAUUAUGCCAGUGUCUCAAUGACUCAGACUCUGAUGUUUUGCCUUACAGUCCUAGGGAGUGCAGAAAGUGUCAAAUACCAUCUGUGUUUGCUGUUAUACACAGCUAGAAUACCUUAAAUAACUCAUUUUUUAUUUUAUUUAUAUAUAUGUGUGUGUGUGGUUUUUUUUUUUUUUUUUUUUUUUUUUGCAUCUCAUAGCACACUUCAGGCAGGAAUAAUGAGCACAAGCUUUACACACAUUUUUUUCUUUUUCUGCAGGUAUUUCUGAAACACCAUGAGCAAGACACUUGGAGAAAACAGAAGAGCUGCAGAAGUCCAGAAGGCAACUUUGGCUCUAGAAGCAGUAAGAAAACCUGUGUGGUCUGGAUGUGUGAGUGGCACAACUUUACUAACUGGCUGGGGGUAUUCGACAUAAAGCUUGUAGGGAGUGUGCCUUCCAGCCUGAAGGGCAGGGAGGCUGGGCAAAGUGUCCCAGAGCUUUUGGCACACACACACCCCUUAGAAAGCAACCAUAGGCCAAAAAUGAUUUUUUGCUUAAAUGGAUUUCUUUGUGUCUACCUUAAGUAUGAGUCAUCAAACACUUCAUGUUGCAGCUUGAUCAGGUCCCUCACCACGUGCUGCUGUAAUUAAGUAAUUUGGUGUUACUUGGUUUAAAACAUCUCUUCAUAA